GCCCGCGCCGGGCUAUGGUUUUUCCGCGCCGCGCCUGACGCUUUCGCUGAGGGCGGCAGCCUCUCCCGGCCAUGGCUCUGAGGGAGCUGAAAGUUUGUCUGCUGGGGGACACUGGUGUGGGCAAAUCAAGCAUUGUGUGGAGAUUUGUAGAAGACAGCUUUGAUCCCAACAUCAAUCCAACAAUAGGAGCCUCAUUUAUGACCAAAACUGUACAGUAUCAAAAUGAGUUGCAUAAAUUCCUAAUUUGGGAUACAGCUGGACAGGAACGGUUCCGUGCUUUAGCCCCAAUGUACUACAGAGGAUCAGCUGCAGCCAUUAUAGUUUAUGACAUCACGAAAGAGGAAACUUUCUCCACAUUAAAGAACUGGGUGAAAGAACUUCGACAACAUGGACCCCCAAACAUUGUUGUAGCUAUUGCAGGAAAUAAGUGUGACCUUAAUGACGUAAGAGAAGUCAUGGAAAAAGAUGCUAAAGACUAUGCAGAUUCUAUCCAUGCAAUAUUUGUAGAGACAAGUGCGAAAAAUGCAAUAAACAUUAAUGAACUCUUUAUAGAAAUUAGUCGUAGAAUUCCAUCAACUGACACCAACCCCCCACUUAGUGGUAAGGGCUUCAAGCUUAGAAGACAGCCAUCGGUGACAAAGCGCAGCUGCUGUUGACUGAUUCCUUAGAAAAUCAGACUUGUUUAUACAGUAGGUGGUCUUGGAAGUUAAUAGUUCACGUUGGGUUUAUAUUAUCAGUCUUAGAUCUUUAUCUGCUGGUGUUCUUACACCCAAGGUCCCACAAAAAAUGGACCAGUUCAUCUGACAUCUGUAUGCUCGCAGAAGAGACUGCAAUCAUAAUGUCAGCCUGUUUACUUACAAAAUGUGUAGUAGUAUCUCUUGUAUUCAAAGGGAAUCCAUCAUCACUUUUUUGGCCUUGCUUGAAAGGAGGGUGACUGUAUGGAUGGUAGAACUGAAGUGUUUAAUAGUUUUGUAAUCAAGAUUUUAUGUUUUUUGUAUAAAGGGAAAUGAGCACUUUUGUCGGACUUGGGGGUGGGAGGAAUCUGUUGAAAUUUGAGUCAGUCAGAUGGUAUUUCUUCCUUUUCUUCAGUGAGCCUUAUUUUAAAUGUAAUUGUAGCUAAUCCAAAGUAUAACAGGACAGUUGGCUUGAGGUGGCUACAAAAUAAGGAACUGAAGACAGAUAAUGAGCAAAUCAGUCCAUCCAGUCCCCAAAUCCCAUUUGCACUUUUUAUUUAAAGAUAUUAGGUGGGGCAGAGGGAACACAAUAGCUUUUAAACCGAAAAGCAACAGCUUUUAAACCAUGGACAAUCUUUUUUUUUUUUUUUUCACAUGCUGACUAAUCACUUUAAGGCAAACUGAUACGCUUACAGGCAUCUUUCUGUUUUUACAAGCUUUUUUCAAUAGUAAGAUGUUGCUAGAAGAUACCCUAGCUGUAGUUCUGGCUAAGUUAAGUGGUUACUGACUAAAAACAGAUGCUGUCAAUAACUUUGGUAAGGUUUAAAACGUUUGGGGGAAAGCUUUUAACUGCUUGGCCUGUGUAAAAUGUUCAUAUUAUAUUUAUGAGACCAAUGUUUAAAAUAUAAAUCACGUAAAAACAGUGAAAUAAUGCAGUUAUUCCUUCCUUCCAUUCCACACCCAUGGAUAAACUCCUGAGGAUCACCUAUUUUUUUUUUCCCUUGGCUAUUAUUAGGUCUUGCCUCUGUCAGUGACUUCACUAAGAGGCAGGCUGAAAUUCCUUCUGUAGAUCAUAUCUGAAAGGCCUAAAAGAGGCUCCCGUUAGUGCAGUGCGUGAGGUCUGUGUUCAUCAUUCAUUCGUGGUGCGCCCAGUCCUUCCUCGUUUGGGUGAAAAGUUGCCAAGAGGAACUAAACUGAAGUCAUAUGGUAAUGUAGAUCAUUACCUGUUGAUUCCUGGGCUUUUUCAUCUGUGAGAAACUUUUUUAGCAACUCAGCUUUUAGUUUAUAUUGUCCUGCUUUUUAGCACACUUUCAAUUAACUUACUGAUUGACCAUGCCCUGUUUUAUUUAUUUAUUUUUUCMUACCAGUACUAGUGAGGAAUUUCAUGCUUUCAAAGAAAGAGUUUACUAAACUCAAGUAUAUAUAAAAAAAGUCCUUUCUUGCCUUUAGUAUGAAAAUGAACUUGUGUUGAUGAUCCUUAUUCUGUGCAGUUUGGCUUUCAUCUCGAAUACUUUUUCUAAAGAAAGCGUCAAAGAAUGAAAGAAUUUCUACUUCAUACUAGUUUGUAUUAUUCAAAAUUCUUGUAGAGCUGUUCAGAGCUGUUCUGGAGAAAAACAGUUAAACCAUUGUGGUGAGAGAUUUUGAAUAGAUCAGCGCAUUUUAAUUGAAUUUGGUGGCUGUCUUUUUCAUCAUGCCCUUUAUUUGCAGCUACAUAGUCAAAUAUGCCCUGUCUUUGCCACAGUUGUACAGGCAUUGCAGAUACAGAAUGCCCAAGAAGUAGAUUUGCAUCAAACAAAGGCUGUUUGAAGCUCCCCUGAAAACAAAAGCAUCUCAUAGUAGAGACAGGUUUCUGUUCAAGGUUCAGCCUGUUCAUAUUAAUUAUGAAGAGAAAUUUUUGGUACAUUUACAAAAUAUAUAAUGGAAUUACACUUAAUAAAUCAAAUAAGCUUGUUUUGGGACCUAUCAUUUUUAAUUUAAAAAAUGCAAAUUAGCAACUGCAUGCGUAAUAUCCAUAAUUAUUUGAGCACCUUGCAUAGCAGCAGUCAUUAAAAAUUCCAAUUUCCUUGAAAAAUCCUACUUUUUCUUCCUAGCAUUUUUUUUUUAAUGCWUGGUCAUGUACCUACUACACUAGUUUAAAAACCAUUUUUGAUUCCAGCUUAAAGGACAUCUCGGGUAUUGUACACUUGAGACACUUCUGUGUUACACAGCAGAAUUUCUUUCAAAACGACGUAAGAUAAUUCUGGAGCGGUGACUUGUGUGUGCUUGACAGCACCAGAUUAUACCAUGAUCACUUCAUAGUCCUGGGUCAUUGCUACACAUCUCUCACUCCUUUGUACCUUCCAACUUGCUUCGUUUUGUUGGGCAAGUUUAUCACUAGAUUCUGUAGUUACAGUUGGUUCUUUACCACUACUAAGACUUUGCUGCCACUUACUUUCAGUCGUUGCAUUCUGUUGUGUUUUUCUCCACCAAGCCACCCUUGAUUUUUAGCUCUGUGUCAGAAUUCUAUUCUGCACCCAAAAACUCAGUCCAUUAGUCUCUUAACUAUGCUACAAAAAUGCUGUGUUUAAUGGUUUGUUAGUAAUAGAUCUGGAGAUUUUCUUGAACUUGGAAGUAUUGUAGUAAGAGAAGGAAAGACUGGUAUUGGAAAUAUUUUUCAUGUAGAUUAGUAGAAUUGGAAAUUACAAACUCUGUCUCUGAAUUAUCAUUUUCUACUACCAUGGGUUAUAAGUGAUGUUUAAAUCUGCUUUCCAGUAAGAGAAUAAUUGGUUUAAUGGCACUCAACCUUUAUUGACCUGAGAAGAAACUUUUGAUGUUAAGCUAGACUUACAGCUAGGCAAGUAUUGAGAUCCUGGUCUCUUAGCAAAUGACGAAAUGGUUGAGGUUGGACGGGAGCUCUGGAGAUCUCGUCCACCCAACAGCGCAGCCAGGGUCACCUAGAGCAGGUUGYCCAGGAUAGAGGCUGGACAGCUUGGAAUUUCUGCAAGGGAGGCGACUCCAUGUUCAAUCUGGGCAACCUGUUUUAGUGCUUGUUUAAUUUUUUUUUUCCUAAACUCUCCUAAUUUUUUUGGAUUAUACACUAGAAAUACAUUUUACAAAUGCUAAAAAGGUAGCAUUGUGUCUGGGUAAUGUGGCCAUUUUCUUACAUAACUAAAUAGUGACUUAUUUUGUUAUGAAUUUGGAGGGAAUGUCUGCAUUGUUCAUACCCAUUAGCACUUCUUUUCAUUAACUGCAGCAUUUUAAGAUAACGUGGCAAUGAGUGCUGUUUCAAAUUGUCCAAACUAGUGUUUAACAAAUAAUUGAGGCUUUUAAGAACAUGUCUAUCUWAAAUAGUACACUGUUGAUGCAGGAGGUUUUUUUCCAGACAAGAUAAUGGUUUAUUGAUUAGUUGGCCAUAACUGAAGGCUGAAAUGCAGACUUCCCUGGGUGCAACGUGCAUGUUGUUCAGAGUUCCAUUUUUGUUGGAGAAAAGGAUUUCUUCUGGGUUAAUUAAUUCUAUAUUAAUUAGGCCGUACACUUAUACAUUGCAGUAGGACUGCUGGAAUUGAUCAUAUUUUGUCCCAAAAUAGCUUCUGUAUUAGGAGAUUGAUUAGCCCUUGAGUAUUAAGAGUGCUGAUUAUCCACUAUUACAGCUACUCUUUAGGAACAUCUUUCUCCUGAGAAGCUGUUGAAAAAGCUCAGGGCUUAAAUUUUAUUCCAGUAUAUCCUUUCUUGCUUAAUAAAUAGUCCAUUCUAGAGACUAGGUUUUUGUAUAUUCUUAAAGGGAAUUAAUUGCUGCAAAUCCUCUUAGAAAGGAAAAAUGUCAGAUACUAUAGUGGUAACAAAGUAGACUUUGUUUUAUUGCUCCAGAGCAUAUUUAUAACUGACAAAAUAGGACUAUUUCAGCUUGUAAACAAGACUGACGUGCUCCCACAGAAGUUACAGAUUUGUCCACAGACAUCAUUUAACAAAUAUUUAGUUCUUUGGCUUUGGAGUUACUUAAGCAUGCCCUCCAAGGUUUGGAGGGUAUUUUCAUCUGACCUUCUAAAUUACAGGAGUAUUAGCUGACUUGUCAGGUUCUUGAUUUGCCUUGUAUGUAGCUUUGUAGUAUAUUUUAUAUACAURCUGAAAAUUGAAAUACUAAAUGUCUAAAUAGGUAAGAUCUGUAAGCUUGAAUUUAACAAAAGGCAGAAACAUUUAGUGGCCAAAUUAAUGAAAACCACCGUAGGUGCUUUGAAAACUUCUGGGAGAAUUUGAACAGCUUUGCUGUUGCCAAGAAGGUUGCGACUUAUAUUAUUAAAUCAAUGCUGAAAGACACAAUCAAAUCAAGAUUUUAAUCCCCACUGACAUCAGUGAACUCCUUUAAGAGCAGUCAGUUAGUAGAAUGGAAGGGCACUGAAGGCAGAUUUGAAUCUGUUCAUGAAAGACGGGCAUAUGUAAUAGCAUAAUGUUAUCACUCAGCUCAAGAAAGAAUAUUUACAUGUUUAGGAGAAGAGUAACAGGAAAAGACACAUGCGCUGCUUGCUGUUCUGAAGUCUAACACUUUAACUUAGAUGAGAGGUGUGGAAUUCAUUAGGAGUUGUCUUCCUUCAUAGGUGGUUAAAGAUUCAUUUUAAUGUAGAAAAAAAAAAAACCACAUUGAUUGUCUUGCACGAUUAAAUAUUGGCCUCCACAAGAAUUUUAUGUUGAUCCUAAAC